AUGGACCAGGCUGCACGAGUUAACGAUCCUGAACGAUGGGAUGAAUUCAGCCCUCUCGACCCAGAGCUCGUUGAGAUGCUCGAGAAUGGCGUUCAGCGACGGCUGCCAGGCAUCGGAUCCUCUGCUUCUGCUCUGGCGCAAACACGCGCGGCGUGGCACCAGGCGCUCCGUGACGAUACCGACAAACUUCUGGCAGCAGCAUCUGGUGAUGUGACCGAGGCAGAACUGUUUAUCCCGGUUCAAGACGGUCAUAAAGUCCGCGCUCUCCUGUAUCGGUGCCAUAACUCGCCCGAACAGGAGAACGAAAACAAGCCGCUGGUGAUCAUGAUCCAUGGUGGCGGAUUCUGUAUUGGCAGUCCUGAAAUGGAAUCUGCGGCGUGUAUUCGCACUGUGCAGGCCUGUCGUUGUGUUGCUGUCAGCCUGGACUACCGCUUGGCACCGGAAUCUAAGUUCCCAACCGCUUAUGAAGAUUGCUGGGAUGCAAUUCGCUGGGUAAAGCAGCAGCCUUUCUCCCUACCAGAUGUUCUAACUGGCUUACAUUCAAAUAAUUGCUUACAGGUUAUUGAUAAUGCGAGCGCGUUGCAGGUAGAUUUAUCUCAAGGCUUUGUCCUGGGCGGUUCUUCUGCAGGUGGCCAUAUCACAAUCCCCCUGAUCCAUCGAGCGCGCGAUAUUGGUCUUUAUCCGCCUAUAACGGGCGUGUACUUGAGUGCUUUUCCCACCCUCGUACCACAGGCAAUGACCGACAAAUAUCAAGAUCUCUACAAAAGUCGGGAAAGCCUAGGGCGCAAUGCAAAUGGCUCACUAUCAUCAAAGUCGAUUGCAUUUUUUGAUCAGGUAGUAUCUCCGGAUAUCACUUCACCUUUAUGGAACCCUCUGCUCUGGCCAACCGGCCAUGCAGACCUACCCCCGCAUUUCUUUCAAAUCUGCGGGUCUGAUAUCCUUAGGGACGAAGCACUGAUUUAUGAAAGAGAGCUGCGUCUGGACAAUCAAAUCCAGACACGUGUAAUCGUAUAUCCCGGGAUGCCACAUAUAUUUUGGUAUAGCUAUCCAACACACUCUCUCUCCUCGAAGUUUGCAGAGAACUGCACUGAAGGCUUGAAGUGGUUACUUGACGGUCGACGGUAG